AUGGGACUGUGGUCCUUACCUACCCUUUGGAACGGGGGAGAAAACUCUCCUCGGUUGUUUAGAGAUUGUGGAAGCCCUUCCGCCCGCCGCUUUGUGGCAAUUGGGAAUUCUAGUGGUGGUUUCGUGCCUAAUAAAAACAUUUUCUUUGAUAUCACGCGACCCGCAGUCGUCAUACAUCUGAAUUAUGAUCCCGCCUGGACAGUUAAAUCCCAAUUAACGCACCCACCUGCGUCUAUAAACCUUCUUCUAUUCGAUUCGGAUUUCAAAUUAAUCGACUCUCUCCAACACAUUCCCUCCUGCAUUGAAUUUUUUUUUGUCACUUUUGAGUUUCUUUGCAAAUUUUGUUUCAAAAACUUGAAAGAAAGGAGAAGAGAGAAAGGAAGAGAGAGAUUUACGGAAUCGAUGACGAUUUUCUCCGCGAGACAUGGAGUGUUUGGAUGCGUUUAUUGUUUGGUGCUGAUACUGUUAUACGCGAGGGUAUGCGUGGAGGCGAGAUCUGAUAAGGAAAUCCGGGAAAGGUUUUACGGUAACCUCGUGAACUCGUCGUCGACGGGUACCGGGGAUGGGAGUAUUGCCAAAAUGUUCGAUCGGGUUCUUGAGAAAGAGUUCUCAGAAAAUGAUCAGCCUGAAGGAUCUGAUGCAAGCAGUUUCAAUACUAGUGUAGCUGAUCAGCAAGCUGUCCUGGAGACUGUAGCUAAAAUCACUCACGAGAAGACGAAGAGAAAUGACACGCAAGAGGCAAAUGGGACAAGAUCAUUCCAGAUUCAAGAUGUUUUUUCCCUUGAGAAUGAAAAUUCGGAUGAGACAACAACCUUGAUUGACAAAAAGGAUAAUGUGUUUGUAAUGUCAAAUAAAAAAUCCAAGUAUCCAGUACUCCAAGUUGAUUUGAGAUUGAUUUCAGAUUUGGUAGUUGUCAUAGUCUCCGCUGCCAUCGGUGGUAUUAUAUUUUCAUGUUUGGGGCAACCGGUUAUUGUGGGCUAUCUUCUUGCGGGUUCACUUAUAGGACCAGGAGGGUUGAAAUUCAUUAGCGAAAUGGUACAGGUUGAAACUGUUGCACAGUUUGGUGUUGUCUUUCUUCUUUUUGCUCUUGGGCUGGAGUUUUCUUUAGCGAAGUUAAAAGUUGUGGGGCCAGUUGCUGUGUUUGGAGGACUACUUCAAAUUGUGAUAUUUAUGUGCUUGUGUGGCAUAAUUGCAGUGUUAUGUGGAGCAAAAUUAUCUGAGGGUGUAUUUGUUGGCUCAUUCCUCUCAAUGUCAUCAACUGCAGUUGUUGUGAAGUUUUUAGUGGAACGGAAUAGCACUAAUGUUCUUCAUGGUCAAGUUGCUAUUGGGACUCUAAUUUUUCAGGAUUGUGCUGUUGGUUUGUUAUUUGCUUUGCUCCCAGUUUUGGGGGGUAACAGUGGCAUACUGCAUGGAAUGAUUUCAAUGGGAAAGUUGAUUCUGGUAUUAUCAAUAUAUCUUACUGUUGCAUCUAUAUUGUCUUGGUCAUUUGUUCCUCGCUUCCUAAAGUUAAUGAUGCAGAUAUCAUCUCAAACAAAUGAACUUUAUCAGCUUGCUGCUGUGGCUUUCUGCUUGUUGUCUGCUUGGUGCAGUGAUAAGCUGGGUCUCAGCCUUGAGUUGGGUUCAUUUGUGGCUGGAGUUAUGAUAUCUACUACUGACUUUGCACAGCAUACUUUAGACCAGGUGGAACCAAUUCGCAAUCUAUUUGCAGCUCUCUUCCUUUCUGGUAUUGGGAUGCUCAUACAUGUACAUUUUCUGUGGAACCAUGUGGAUAUAUUACUGGCAGCUGUUAUUCUAGUUAUUGUUGUUAAGACAACUGUCGCUGCUGUGGUUGCUAAGGCUUUCGGAUAUAGUGUCAGAACAUCUUUCCAUGUUGGAGUGUUGCUUGCUCAAAUUGGAGAAUUUUCUUUUGUUCUUCUGAGUCGUGCCUCAAAUCUUCACCUGGUUGAGGGAAAGAUGUAUCUUCUUCUUCUUGGAACAACAGCUCUUAGUCUGGUAACAACUCCUCUUUUGUUCAAAUUGAUACCUAAUGUGAUGAACUUGGGCAUUCUUUUGCAAUGGUUUCCCUCAGAGAGCAGCUCACAGAAUGAGGAGAAAGUUUCCAUAAUUGAAGCACAUAACAGAUUAUUGUGACCUUCCAUGUUACCGUAGUCUGGUUAUACUGGUAUUACACUUCACAACUGAGUCAUCUGCAAGUAUUAGGUUUUAACAUUUUUUAACACGUCAUGGUUAUCGGUUCCAUUGAAAGCCAGCUGAAAAGUCUCAUGUACAUUCAUAUAUUCUUUACUAUUAUUUUUGUAUAUUGUGUAUAUGAUUUUGUAUUUUGAGCACUCACGAAUUCAUUCAAAUCCUUGUGUCGAAUGUUGUAAGUUGUAACUCUAUACACAAACUACUGCUGGAAGGUUGCUCCGAGCUUGACAGAUUAUUUGCCCAUAUGGGCAAAAAAGAGUUAUAGUCUAUCAUAAUUUACAAAAGAAAAUGUCUCCUUUUCUGACAAAUUUAUGAAUCUGCACCGACCAACAUAUUUGGAUUCUACAUUUAUAUCUGUAUCAAGGGUCACUGAGUUUAUACUUUUUAGUGAUUUAUUAUGACCUGUGGAAUGAAGAGUUUUGAGUCGAUGAUCGCAUUUCUUCUAUCUGCGAAGGAUAGCCAUAUACUGUUUCAGGUGAUGGGAUUCUUUUGUGCUGGCCGGCUGGGUCAUUGUUUUGCUAGAUUUAAGUCUGUGUACUAUUCAGUUGUAGCAAUUUUAAUCCGAUGUUUUUUAUAUUU